CAAUAUAAUCAUGAUUUAUCAUGAAGACAUGAACUAAAAAUCAAAUAAAACGCAAAAAUUUUACUUAUCAUUGAUUUGAAGACAAAUAAUUAAUGAUAAAUACCGGUGGCUGUGUCAGGUCACGUCGCGUUAUCAUUGUUCUUAGUGCUAUCGAUAUUUUCAGUUUGUUUUCUAUACUAUGUAAAGUGUCGGCGUAGUAUAUAAAUUUAAAAUCUUAGAAUUGCUUGUUAUCAAAUGAUUACUUAACAUUAACGUGUUAUAUAUUCCCUCAGCUUACUGUACUGAUUUCCGAGUUAAAGUUAUUUGAGAUGUAUUUUACUUACAGGCUACAGUAACAUAUUGAUUACAUUAACCUAACAAGUUACUAUAAAAUGGAAGCAUCAACUUUCCUCCUUGAUCCAGCUAAAGCAGAUAAUUUGUAUCCAGCACUGUUCCAGUGCUUUACAAUUAUAUUAUGUGGGUAUAUUGCUGGCCGCCUAAAUGUGGUGUCACAAACAGAAUCAAAAGGAAUUGGCACAUUUGUGGGCACCUUUGCCCUUCCAUCACUCAUCUUCUUAUCCCUGGCUAGACUGGACUUCAGUACAGUCAACUGGACGUUCCUUCUGGCUAUACUAUUAGGCAAAGGCAUUGUGUUCUUUGCAGUUAUGAUUGUCACCAUUCUGGUGUCUAAACCAGUGAAUCUUGGGAGAGCUGGUAUAUUUGCCAUCUUUUGCACUCAGAGCAAUGAUUUUGCCUUGGGAUAUCCAAUAAUUAAUGCUAUCUAUGAGAACACACACCCAGAAUAUGCUCUCUUCCUAUAUUUGAUGGCACCAAUAUCGCUAGCAAUAUUAAAUCCGGUUGCUUUUGUGUUAAUGGAGAUCAAGAAACAACGAGACAAUGCUCAGAUAGUGACCACAUCGCCAGAAGGGGAGAGAUCAAGUGAACUGUGCAAGUUUAAGUUGUUGAGGCAGAUAGUCAAAGGCAUAGCUUUGAACCCAGUUUUGGUGAUGACAGUGCUGGGUAUUAUAGGCAAUAUUGCUUUUAAACAUCAUCUUUCACCAUACAUUGAGCUGCUACUGAAAGUAUUUGGAGACUCUUUUUCAGCUACGGCACUAUUUUUAUUGGGGCUGAGAAUGGUUGGCCAAAUACACCGACUGAGAGGGCCUGCUCUGUUGCUGCCUUGUGUCCUAAUAAUGGUUAAACUGAUUGUCCUACCAGUGGUGAUGAGAGAGAGCGUAAGCGCAUUGAACGCGGGAGCGAACGAUUCCGAGACUUCUUCGUUGUCGACCUACGCAUUCUUGUACGGAACCAUACCCACUGCGCCUGCGGUCUUCGUCUUCUCUAACCUGUACCAACUGGAAGUUGAUCUGAUGGCUUCAUCAAUGGUCAUCUGCACAUUCCUGUCAGCGCCCAUAAUGUUCAUGUCAGCCCAGGUGAUAUCGAUCAACAAGGACUACGCGGAGCAGAUGAAGAAAUUUGGCUUCCACCUGUCUAUAGUGUCUUUAGUGGCCUGUGUGUGGGUGAUAACGGUGUUCAUCGUUACGAAGAAAUAUAAGCGUAUGCCGCACAGAUUGACUCUGUGUUUAAGUGUGUCACAGUUGCUGCUAGCGAUCAGUGUGAUCUGGGGCGGGCCGCAGUCGUCGUACACGCCGUCCUGGUCGGUGUUGCUCCAGCAGACGCUCUGCACCUUCAGCAUGUACUCCUGCCUGCUCUGGACUUCCAUGCUCUCUAUCGGACUCCUCAUGUUGCAGAGCCGCGGGCCAUGCUUCGUGGUGACGCUGUGGCCGGUGCUGGGGUUCGUGGCGUGGGGCGCGCCCGCGGUGAUGGCGGCCGUGCUCGUGGCCACGCGGCCCGCGCUGCAGCUCGACGCCAAGGCCGUCGACGCCAUCCGCCUGUGCCUGCUCGUGUUCUGCAUCACGGUGACGACGGGUUGCCUGACACUGUACAUCCGUUUCCGGCGGCGCAGCGCGCAGUUUGCCAGCCUCUCUGCCGACGUGGCGUCGCAUUCGCCGGACGAAAGCUCCGGCCUGGUCGACAACGAGCAGCCGGUAUCUAACACACAGUCAGUCUCGCAGAACGGUUGCUACGGCGCGAUCACAGCGAGCCCGAGCCCAGCGAAGAGCGCUAACGGGUGCUGCUCCGGCGACCCGCGCUGCGAGAGCGGACUCGUCAACUCCACCUCGCAGGACAUCGAGGACAUCGCCGACCACAAUGAGACAAAUUUUUCAUUAUCCAGGGAAUGCGCGUGCCCUCCGUCCCAGAAGCAGCGCUGCGUCGGCCCCGAGCCGUGCCGGUACCUGAGCGAGCUGGAGCGCGCCGCCAGCCAGCUCGGCCUGCUGCCGCCCGAGACCAGCCGCGGUCGCGGCGGACAACUGCUCAAGCACACCGUGCUCAUCAUACUGUACAGCCUGGCCAUGUUCAUCGGGAUAACAUACACGACCUGGCGUAUGAUGCAAAAAGACGAAAGCGGGGUGUUCAUCGAGAUCGAGUUCCUGGACAUCGCCAUCACGUACGGGCAGGCGCUCAUCAUGUUCGUGCUGUUCGGGCUAGACCCGGAGGAGAUGAUCAUACCGGCCGUCAGAUACUUCAAGAACAAGUGGCACGGCGCUGACACGGUCGUGCUACCGUCAAUCGAGGAUCUCAGCUUCGAAACCAAACACGUCUGCGACCAGUUCAUAAUGCACCAUCUCGACCGCUGCAAGGAAGCCAUUGCCAAAGAUACCAGGUGGCGCAUGCGCACAUACCGCUCUGUGUUCCGUGGCUCGUGCCUCGUGCGCUGGCUGCUCAGCUGCGGGCUCGCCAAGGACGAGGCGGAGGCGGUCGCGUACGGCCGCCACCUGCUCGACGGCCGGCUCAUCGCGCACCUCAACAACAACCACCACUUCACCAACUCGCCGCUAUUGUACACCUUCAAGUAAACAUUAUAUACUCCGGCACAGCGAACUUAUCUAUAGAAAAAGGCGUAAUUUUUUUUUUUAUAAAAUGAUCGGCGAUUUUCUCUAGUCACACCUGAUGGAAAGUGAAGACAGAGCCUAAGAUGGAGCUCACCGGUUCAGUAAUAGCCUAUUCACUCUAGCUUUAAAGAGACCGAGGUCAUAUCUCUCAGGGAAUACAGAUGAUGAAUUUAAAAAAAAAGAGAGUUAACUUCCUAUAGAAAUUUUGCAAUUCGCGCGUUUUUCUACUGAGAAGUUGAGUGUGUAUCAGUAAGUAUAUAAUUAUACCAAAGAGUUAUUGAUUGUAUGUACUUUGUAACAGAGUGGUAAAGUCUAAGAAAAAUCGUGCAGUCUAGUUUGACAGCCAAAACGGGCGGCGCUGUAAUGCCCUCGGUGGUCAUGGGGUUGUCAAAUAGAAGUAUUCUACAAAUGGCGCCGGCAUAGGUUUUUUUACCUGACAAUAGUUUCAAAUACUUAUUUUUUUAUUUUAUUUUAUAAGAAAUCAAAUCUCAUAGAACAAAACUAGAUCCAGGUAAAACAUAGGUUAGUCUGGCGCCAUCUAUAAAAAAACCUUUGACAGUUGCCAACGCCAUUCACAAACGUCAACUUUUAAAAGUACCGUAUAAUGUACAAACAACAACACUCCUAACUGUACGUCGGUGGAUUCGGUGGACCUUAUUACAAAAGGCAUAAGAUCCACCGAUGUACAGUUAACAGUGUGGGCGAUGGUACGGAGUUGUACAGCACUACCCGCCAUCUCGCUUAGCUGUCAAAUGCUUAGCGCGUAAAUAUCUAGACUUUACAUAUCUUACACAAUCAACGAAUCUUUGCAUAUACCAAAGCUAAGAUAAUAAGAUGCGUAAAGAAGUGCAAAAUGUAUCUAUAUUACGGGGUAACUUAUUUUCGUUGUUAAAACCUCAUCUUAACGCUUAAGUAACUCGUUAUUGUAGUAUUUUACAACCCGGUCGAUUUCCUGUCGUCCCAAAAAAUCCCUAGUGAUAGUCCCUAACGUUUGACACUUAGUUACCACAAAUAACAUGGCGCCGUACUUAGUUUAUGAAUACUUUAGCAGCCAUGGCGGCUAAAAACGUUUGCUUUGUAUGUGUAGGUACUUUACGCAUCAUAAUAUUAUUUAUCAAAAACCUUAUAAUCCGUUUUUACUAUCUUUGCCCAAAUUUUUUUCGGCCUCUUUAUUUUAAUUAUACAAGUGGCGUCCUAUGGCCAAUGUAACUGGGUGUUCAUUGAUAAAAUGAACCUACCUACAUUAGAAAGUAAGGUUUAAUUUUAAGUAGCACAAAUUAUGAAUUUUUAAUAUAUUUAUGAAAAUUUAAUGGUUAGGAGUUAAUUUUAUUAGACAACGAAAGUUGUUAUGCAUAAACAUUAUCAGUUUAUUUUAUUUCAACAAAUAAAACAAGAUUAUAAAAAAAAGUAUAACAGACUUAGUGCCAGUUGCACCAACCACAUUUGACAGACUGAUCAUCGUCAGCCGGCGCGCCCCGCGCCUUUACUAUGAAACUUUCCAUACAUAAAAAUUUAGCGAACUCUUUAACGUUCGUAACAGUUUGGUGCAACCGACCCUUAGGGCCAGUUGCACCAACCACAUUUGACAGACUGAUCAAAGUCAGCCGGCGCGCCCCGGCGCUUUACUAUGAAGCUUUCCAUACAUACAAAUUUAGCGAACUCUUUAACGGUACGAACAGUUUGGUGCAACCGACCCUUAGUAAAAGAUUUCACGAAAGAUCACAUGGAAUCUGCUUACUUGUUUACAUUUAUGUAAAUAAGCUAACUUAUUUACAUUUAUGUAAAUAAAACUACGUUUUAUGCCUGUUUAGAGAUGUUGGUUGGCCUUUGAGUGGUCGUAAACGUAUUAAGCUUGUAACAGUUGUUUCAAUAAAGUACUUAUACUAUAUCAUAAAUAAAGUUUUGGUCGCCGAUUGAAGGCGCGUACAGCGUUACAAUGUAUGGCAAGAAAGCAGCAUAGUUUCCGGCUUGCAUAGUAAGUUCCAUAAUUGUAUGAUUACGUCAACGAAAUGUGAUAUAAUGACCAGUUACCAGUGUGAUCCCAAGCAAGUGGGAGUUUCGAUAUCCCUUACCAAAGGGAAUUUAAAAAAUAGAGGAAUAUUGUCAACGUAAAUUAUGUAGUCAGUACAUUGACUGCCAUCUUUCGACACAACACACUCACACUUUUAGAACGCCAUUUGACUUUAAUCCUUAUUUUUUCUCUGAUAUGGCAAUAUUCCUCUACUAACCACUAAAGUAUGUAAAACAUUUUCUUAGCGAGAAGUAACUAUGUUAAUAUCGUAAUCAUUAUAUGCAAUAAAUAAAUAUAUUUCAUAUAUCUAAUAAUCAUAUUCAAAUAUAAUAAAUAUAUCAUAGUAUUGUACCUUUAUAGUACAUAUUGUCAUUGAAAAUAAAAAUAUUUAUACAUCUACUAAAUGCAACAUUAACAUUAGAUUGGACCUACGUUAUUUUCCUAGCCUAAGUUAAAUUGAAAUAAGUCCAUUUGAUAAAAAUAUAUUAUAAGAGUUAAUGAGCUGCAAGAUCAAAAAUACAUAACCCACAGUGUUUUAAUAGUCAUAUGCAACCACAAUAGUCACAAGACAGUAUUUUACUUAACACAUUCACUGUCCCUGACGCACAUGUGCGUUCACCGUCAUACAAGUUUGUUCCUAGGUCACGCCCCUGGCAGUGAAUGCGUUAAAGCAUCUCAUGUAAAGUUAAGACAGAAACGGUAUGGAUGGGUUUUAAUUUAUUAUUUGAUGCUUGAAUAGAUAGUCCAAAAGUGAGAAUCAGGUUAUGUAAAACUAUUUAUAAUAUAAUUUAUUUUACUUUAAUUGUAUGAAUUAAUGUAUUUUACCAUUCCAUACUUAAAUCGAAUUGUAUUCUAUGAGAGCACAUUAGGGCACUUACUGUGUACAACUAUGUUUUAUGCACCAUUUUGUUGUUUGCGUCAAAAUUAAUCAACACUUGCAACUUGUCAUCAUUGUUAUCACAAGAGUUACAUUUGCUGUAAAGUAAACAAGUGAUUUGCACACCAUCAUGGAAGUCCUGAAUAUUUUUGCGAGUACAAGUGUGAUCAUUUUGGACUUUGUAACAGCUCUCUGAGGAUUGUACGAGUAUACCGUAAUUUUAAUUAGGUAUCAUAUUAUAAUGGAAAAUAUAUAAUAUCAUAAUGUUUUAAUUGCUAUUAAAUUUUAGUUUAUUUUAGCAGAAAGUAAUAUUUUUCACAUUAUAUAAGAACAAAAUUUAGAAAUAUUUACUUAUUUGUUUGUUAAGUUGGUUAAGUGAUGUCUCAAGCUUGCUGUGAUGUUUAUGUAAAUGAAUGUUUCUAGUUAAAUAUACAAUAUCACUAUAUCACUAUUACAAAUACACAUGUAUUGUAAAAUAUUAUUGUUGUUGUAUUUUGAUGAGCAAAUAUAAAAUGUAAAAAAAAGAAAUUGAAUAAAUAUUGUUGCAAUCACAA